UGAGAGGAGGUGUGUGAUUGUCUAUGGGCGGGAGGGCAUAGGUUGUUUAUAAGACUCACCGUGCACAUCUCAGAGAGAAAACUAGAUAACCAAAGAGAAGCUGAAUUUUCUCUGUCGCACUGGAUUUUAAUUCAAGCUGAUGGAGUGUCUGCAGAUCAGCAGAUCAAAGCCGAGAAGAGCAAACAUCUAAUCCGAGUUUGAAAAACCUUUUAAAUGGAGUCCAACAUGUCAGAUGCAGAGUCCUUAACCUCCCCUUCGCCUUCUCCUUUCUUCCAAUGCGACUACACCGACUGGUCUCCCUCCUUCUCCAUCAUUCCGUCCGUCUACAUGCUAGCCUUUGUGCUGGGUUGCCUAGGCAACAGUCUGGUGCUGUGGGCCUACUUGGACCGAGCCGACAGGAAGAGAAGUCAUCCCGCAGGAUUUCUGAGGCCCUGUUGCCGAACCGACCAGAAGGAUUGUAGGUAUCCGUCCAGAAGAAACACUUCCUCCAGCUCCUCCUCCUCGUCUGCCGGGACCCCGUGCCCGUCCCGCUCCCUAACAGACUCUCUGAUAGCCAGCUUAGCUUUAGCAGACCUCUGCUUCCUGGUGACCCUUCCCCUGUGGGCUGCGUACACGGCCCUGGGGUACCACUGGCCGUUCGGGCAGACGUUGUGCCAGCUCAGCAGCUUCCUCACUGCCCUCAACAUGUACGCCAGCAUCUUCAGCCUGAGCGUGCUCAGUGUGGAGCGCUAUUGGGUCCUGACCGGACACCCGCGUCGCCGGCCCUCCACCCGGGCUCCGAGGGCGCUGGCGGGAUUGUGGGUGUUGGCCGGGUUCCUGGCGCUGCCCGCCUUGCUGCUGCGCUCCGUCCAGGUGGCCGAUUGGGCGGAUGAGUCAGGUUCUAUAGCGUGCCAGAUGGACUACUCCAUGCUGAUCAGAGACGAGCCGGACGAGGACGAGAGAGAGCGUGCCCAGAUGUGGUGGGCGGCGGUCCUGAGCCUCAAGUCCACGCUGCUUGGCUUCCUGUUGCCCCUCGUCGUCCUGCUGGUGUGCUACUGUUCCCUGGCCCGCCUCCUCAGCAGACACUUUGGCCGCGGGCCUCGACCUGACCCCCGGCGCCAGCGUAGGCUACUCAGGGUCAUCGUGACUCUGGUGUUGGCCUUCUUCCUGUGCUGGCUGCCUCUGCACGUCAACAAGACUUUGUCGCUGCUCCUGGAGUUCGGGUUCCUGCCGUACUCCUGCGCCUUGGAUCAGAUCCUGCUGGCGGCGUACCCGUACGUCACCUGCGUGGCCUACCUAAACUCCUGCCUCAACCCGCUGCUCUACGCCGCCUGCGACCAGUCCUUCCGGAAGAGAUGCAGGCAGACGCUCCUGCAGCUGUGCGGAGCACGGAGGAGAAAGGAAAUGGAACGAAGGGAGGCGCAGAAGGAGGACCAGGAGGGGAGCUUAGACGGCCCUACGAGAACACAGGAGGAAACGGCAGACAAAACGCAGGAGGCAGAGAUGGUCACUGAACAGUGAGCGGAAACAGCCAAGAUCUAAAGCAGUCCAUUUCAUUUAUAUAGCACCAAUUCACAACAAAAAUUGUCUCAAGGCACUUUAAACAUUGAGCAUGUCAAGAACCACACUCCUCUUACAAAGGCACAGCCAGAGAAUAUUCUGUCGGGUGGCCAACAUUUUGAUGAUGCCUCUCGAAAAAAAACAGACGCCACCAGGGGUGCAAAUGGUAUCGUUCACGUUCUUUCUUGGUGUCUUGUAGCUCUUUAUAGAUGCGCCGCCUCUCAAAGAAACACAACUCUGGACAAAAACAUACAAUGGGGUGGCCAUCGGGGUUGGCCAUGGGCACCCCAGCCCUCUCUUUGGCUCCGCCCCUGUUCUCAUACAUUUAAAAAAAAACUGAAAACUAACAAAUGAACCCCACAUGAGCAAGAACUUUGCAACAGAGGCAAGGACAAACUCUUUCUAUGGAAGAAAACUCAAACAGAACCCUCUCUGUCUCAGGAACACCAAUAAUGUCACUGGGUCAAUUUGACCAGAGGCGUGUUUGAGCAUCUCCAAGUGUCAGAGACCUCCCCCCCCCCACCCCACCUACCCCCCCCCCCCAAAAAAAAACCCCAAUAAA